AUGGACACGCCAAUUGGUAAGGAUCUCACAAAUUAAGUGAUUGGGAAGGUUUAUAAAUUAAUAAAAAGAGUUGGCAGCGGUGCUUUUGGAGAAAUAUAUUUGGUUGUUAAAGGAAAAGAAGAAUAUGCGAUGAAACUAGAAAGAAGUGAUACGAAACAUCCAUAAAUAUUUUUUGAGGCGAAAUUGUAUAACUAUUUGCAAGGAUCUGAUCCCAGAAUUCCUAGAAUAUAUGCUUAAGGUUAAGACGGUGAUUAUAAUUACAUCGUCAUGGAUUUACUGGGUUAAAGCUUAGAAGAAUUAUUUAGUAAAAAUAACAAAAGACUUUCACUCAAGACUGUGCUGAUGUUGGGUGAUCAAAUGAUUUAACGGAUUGAAUACAUUCAUACAAAAUAAUUUCUACAUCGCGAUAUCAAGCCAGACAACUUUCUAAUUGGUUUAGGCAAGAAAGCAACUCGGGUUUACAUACUAGAUUUUGGGUUAGCCAAGAGAUAUUUAACUAAGGAAGGUCACAUUCCUUAUAGAGAAGGAAAGAGUUUGACUGGGACUGCUCGCUAUGCUUCUGUCAAUACUCAUUUAGGUUUGGAAUAAUCAAGGAGAGAUGAUCUUGAAUCACUGGGUUAUGUGCUCAUGUAUCUGCUGAGAGGUUAAUUGCCUUGGCAAAAUAUGAAAGCUAUCAAUCAAAAGGAUAAAUAUUAAAGAAUUAUGGAGAAGAAACUUGAAACCUCUCCAGAUGCUCUUUGCAAAGGAUUUCCAAUUGAAAUGAGUUAAUAUUUGAAUUAUUGUAAGAAUUUAAAGUUUGAAGAUAAACCAGAUUACAAUUAUUUGAGAGGUCUUUUUAAAGAUGCUUUUAAGAAGAUAGGUUUCGAAUGGGAUUAUAAGUUUGAAUGGAUUAAGGAUGAAUCAAUUGUCAAAACCUAAUAGGAUAUACAAUCAGAAAAUAAGCUGAUGAUUAUGACUUAGCCAUUACAACAAUAACAAUAGGUAGUCAGACAAAAUGGCAUUGAGUCAGAUAAGAAGAUUGGAAAUAAUAGUCAUCAUCUCAAUAUCAAUUCUCAAUAAUAAUCAGGACAAAGAAGACCCCAAUAACAGACCAACAAAGCGUCAUAAUAGUUAUCAGUUGAGAAAAAAAGGACAACAUCCUAAACUAAAUAGUUUAUUUAAUCUAAAGAGUUAGUCAAACCUGUAACAUAAGUAUUAGCCCCAAAGAUUGUUACUACUAAAGAACCACCUAGAAAGUAUUGA